GGACGCGCAGCGAAGCUCACGAGGCUCGGGUCUCUGAUCCGGCUGCCAUUGGCGGGCCCUCGGCUUCCCUCGCCCCCAGCCAAUCACCUGCGAGGACUUCCUGGGGGGGUUGCUUUCGGUCUCCUGCGUUUCGACCGCCAGACUAGACCCCCCCCCUCCAGGUCCCGGUAGCUCCGCAGCCGCUGGCGACUGGAGGCAGCACUCGUACCGCGGUGAUGAGGCCCGGGAAAGCUUGCCUGCUGGUCCUGCUCCUGGCGCUGACGCAGCUGCUGGCCGUGGCGAAGGCCGGGGAAGAGGACGGAGAUUCUAAUAAAGAAGACGCCAUUGAGGAGGAAGAAGAGGAGGAGGAAGAUGAGGAGGAGGAGGAUGACUUGGAAGUUAAGGAAGAAAAUGGAGUCUUGGUCCUAAACGACGCCAACUUCGAUAACUUCGUGGCCGACAAAGACACGGUCCUGCUGGAGUUCUACGCCCCGUGGUGCGGACACUGCAAGCAGUUUGCUCCAGAAUAUGAAAAAAUCGCCAGUACCUUAAAGGAGAACGACCCUCCCAUUCCCGUCGCUAAGAUUGAUGCAACCUCGGAGUCAGCGCUGGCCAGCAGGUUUGAUGUGAGCGGCUACCCCACCAUCAAGAUCCUCAAGAAGGGGCAGGCUGUCGACUACGAGGGCUCUAGGACCCAGGAAGAAAUUAUUGCCAAGGUCAAAGAGGUCUCCCAGCCCAACUGGACGCCGCCCCCAGAAGUCACGCUUGUGCUGACCAAAGACAACUUCGACGAGGUGGUGAACGACGCAGACAUCAUCCUGGUGGAGUUUUAUGCCCCCUGGUGCGGGCACUGCAAGAAGCUGGCCCCGGAGUACGAGAAGGCGGCCAAGGAGCUGAGCAAACGCUCUCCCCCAAUCCCGCUGGCGAAGGUGGACGCCACCGCGGAAACGGACCUGGCCAAGAGGUUCGAUGUCUCCGGCUACCCCACGCUGAAGAUCUUCCGCAAGGGAAAGCCCUUCGAGUACAACGGCCCGAGGGAGAAAUACGGGAUCGUGGACUACAUGAUCGAGCAGUCCGGGCCGCCCUCCAGGGAGGUUCAGGCCCUGAAGCAGGUCCAGGAGUUCCUGAAAGACGGAGACGACGUCGUCAUCAUCGGGGUCUUCCAGGCGGAGAGUGACCCGGCCUACCAGCUGUACCAGGAUGCCGGUGAGCCUGGCCCUCUGCGCCCGGCGGCACGCCGCCUGGGGGCCUGCUGCUUCUGCGUUAUGGCUCUGGGCGUCGACCUCGGGGUGGCAGGGCCUGAUCGGCCCCCUCUUCUCCUGCCCACCGACGUGGUCCCGUCCACCUUGAAGGUCGCCACGUUCACUGAGCUAACAAGCCUGAGAGAAGAUUACAAAUUCUACCACACUUUCAGCUCUGAAAUAGCGAAGUUCUUGAAGGUCUCCCCGGGCAAGCUGGUCAUGAUGCAGCCUGAGAAAUUCCAGUCCAAAUACGAGCCCAAGAGCAACACGAUGGACAUCCAGGGCUCCACGGAGGGCUCGGCCAUCAAGGACUUCGUGCUGAAGCACACCUUGCCCCUGGUGGGUCACCGCAAGCCCUCCAACGAGGCCAAGCGGUACUCGCGGCGCCCCCUGGUGGUCGUGUACUACAGCGUGGACUUCAGCUUCGACUACAGAGCUGCCACGCAGUUCUGGCGGAGCAAAGUGCUGGAGGUGGCCAGGGACUUCCCCGAGUACACCUUUGCCGUGGCGGACGAGGACGACUUCGCCACGGAGGUGAAGGACCUGGGGCUCAGCGAGAGCGGCGAGGACGUCAACGCAGCCGUGCUGGACGAGGGCGGGCGCAGGUUCGCCAUGGAGCCCGACGAGUUCGACUCGGACGCCCUCCGCGAGUUCGUCAUGGCCUUCAAAAGAGGAAAACUGAAGCCGGUCAUCAAGUCCCAGCCGGUGCCCAAGAACAACAAGGGGCCGGUCAAGGUCGUGGUGGGGAAGACCUUCGACUCCAUCGUGAUGGACCCCAAGAAGGAUGUCCUCAUCGAGUUCUACGCGCCCUGGUGCGGGCACUGCAAGCAGCUGGAGCCCGUGUACACCGCCCUGGGCAAGAAGUACAAGGGCCACAAGGGCCUGGUCAUCGCCAAGAUGGACGCCACCGCCAACGACGUCACCAGCGACCGCUACAAAGUCGAGGGGUUCCCUACCAUCUACUUCGCGCCCAGCGGGGACAAAAAGAACCCAAUUAAGUUUGAGGACGGAAACAGAGACCUGGAGCACUUGAGCAAGUUUGUAGAGGAGCACGCCACGGCACUGAGCAGGACCCGGGAGGAGCUUUAGGCUCCGAGCCCGCGGACGGCGGGGGGACCGGACGCGCCGCGGCCCCAGUCAGCGCAAGGGCUGUGUCUCGAGUUUUGUUUUUGUUGUUGUUUUUUGUUUUAAUUUUUUAUACUCUGAUAUUUCACCGCACACUCUGAUACUGAAUAGAAACGAAUGAGUCGAUAGAUUAGCCCAGAUUUUUACAGAGGAUACUUCUAUUUUUAUCAUUUGGGGUUUGAUUUUUUUUUUUUUACCUUCCACUUUCUUUAAUAUAUUUCUUCAGAGCAGAUAAGUUGAAUCUCGUCCAUGUGAAUGCUUUUCCUUAAUUUAAAACUUUGAAACCUUUUUGCCGAAUCACGUGCAGCCACCCUUUGCUGUGUCCCUGUCCGAGGAGUGGCUGGUCGGGGUGCUGCGGUGCUUGUCUCUCCCUGUCACCCCGCACCCUGCCCUGGGCUAGUCGCUGCUGCCUGACUGCCAAGCCUCUGAGCUGUCCGCACGGAUGCAGCGCCGGUGGGACCGGGCGUUGCCGUGCCUUUUCCACAGCCCUCGGGAUGAGGGGCCUUCCCCAGGUCACCAGGACCCGAGGUGCAGCUUCACAGAGAGGCUGCCCACCUGAGGGCGCAGCCCCACCUCUUCAGCAUGGACGUGGCCGGAGGGGAGAGGACUGAGAGCACAGGAGGACACUCGGGGUGGAAGGGGGGGUUGGCCAUUGUGAUGGAAUAAAGCAAAUGUUGAAAGUUAA